UUCCGCCACAGAGCCGAUCGAUCGCACCGGCUCACCUCGAAGCUCAUCUGAGGAAGCGUGCGCCGACACCCACCCAGGCAGCGAAAGAGAAGAGAGAGACGACGCCGAGAUGGGCCGCGUUCGAACGAAGACGGUGAAGAAAUCGUCCCGCCAGGUAAUCGAGCGGUACUACUCGCGGAUGACCCUCGACUUCCACACCAACAAGAAGAUCCUGGAGGAGGUCGCCAUCAUCCCUUCGAAGCGUCUCCGUAACAAGAUCGCUGGAUUCUCCACCCAUCUCAUGCGCCGCAUCCAGCGCGGCCCCGUCCGCGGCAUCUCCCUCAAGCUGCAGGAGGAGGAGCGCGAGCGUCGCAUGGACUUCGUUCCCGAUGAGUCGGCUAUCAAGGUCGACCAGAUUGUGGUCGACAAGGAGACAAUAGACAUGCUUGCUUCACUCGGCAUGGCUGACCUCCCUGGAGUCGAGAAGCAGGCAGAUGCUCCGGCGGCCCAGGCAUACCCGACCCGGCCCGGUGGGUACGGAGGCCGUAGGAACUAAGAUGAGUUGCCUGAUUUCUGUGCUGGAUUACUUGCAUAUUGUCGUGACUCGUGCAUGUAUCGAUCCGUGUUUUGAAUUGGGGAAGCUAGUAUUUUUCGUUAGUGUUUAGGUUAUUUGGAUGUUCUGCACUACUUCUUAACACUAGAUCUGAUCAGUUGCUAUAAUCUUAUUGUCUGUGUAUUUUUUGUUGAUUAUUCAAUUCAUCUCAGACUUAAGUCAAA